CAUGCACCAUUCACCGCGUAAUUACGCAAGACAGGGCGUCGUUACAUGUCGAUCAGGUUCAUCCAUUCUGGCGGACGCUCGUUAUCGGAGAGCAUGCUGUUCCGCAUACGGUUCACCGUGAACAGGAGGAGUUGGAGCAGUUUCAGAUGAUGUUUGACCAAGUGUCCUCCAGUCACCCUUCGAUCAUUCGUAGUGCUACACACAUACUUCAUGACAUGUUCAAUACAUCGUGUUUGGAUACCGAGGAACCGGAAGGGGUCGAGCGACCUAGGGGUCGACAACCACGGCGGAACAAGAGUGCGUUUGAGUACAUUCGCGGUCGUGGCCGUGGCCGUGGCCGUGGUCGUACAUCCUCAUCAAGUGGCAGCCAAUCAUCGUCGUCGGUGAAUAUGCCCGGCACCGGGAGAAUGGACAUUGAACAUUUUCCAUAUAAGGACAGGAUCCCUAAUAUCAUGAUGCCAUUCUUGGACGGGUGGAAUGAUGUCAUUGCAGAUGGUAACUGCGGAUUUCGGGUUGUGGCGGAUGUGUUUCAAAUGGGUGAAGACAACUACGGUUUAGUGCGGCAGUUGAUGUACAGUGAAAUCGCAUCAAACCGAGAUGUGUAUGGCCAUGUGUACGGCGAGGACUUGGAUAGGUCUCUGCAGCGUAUCCGGUGGGGAGGUGGACCUUGCGGUCAAAAUCAUUGGUUCGAUGCGCCACUUGAUCUCUUUGCCGUUGCAAACAUCUACAAGUGUGCAGUCAUGCAUUUCGGCCUUGGUUUACAUAGUCGAGCCUAUUAUCCAUGUACAACGGUUCUGCCCUGGUGUUCGCGCGAGACCGUCACCAGACCGGUAAGGGACGUUGCUAUUGGAUUUCUUGGGCCGUCAUACAGACAUUUUAUCCGAUUAGACAUGUCACCCGAUUUUCCGGUCCCAAAUAUCAUACCGAAGUGGUAUGAAAUUCAUAGAGCAAGCGUGGAGGGUUGGGAUGCUUUGUACCAUGCUCGCGUGCAACAGUGGAAUAAUUUAAUUGCCAUGUAGUUUUUGUUGAUGUACACCUACCUUUUACUA